CUGUGCAUUCCCUAUGGCUGAUGGACUUUUCCAAGGACAGAAAAUGACCAAUUGCACUAGGGUUCCGGGAUUCAUUCUCCAGGGCUUCUCAGGCAUUCCUGAGCUGCAAAGUUUUAGUGCUGCCAUCUUCCUUUUCAUCUACAUAUUCUCUGUGCUUGGAAACAUCUCCAUCAUCACAGCAGUGAAUCUGGAUUCUCAUCUGCACACACCCAUGUACUUUUUCCUCAAGCAUCUAUCAUUCAUUGACAUGUGUUCCACCACCACCACGCUGCCCCGGGCGCUUUUUGCUGCCCUGGCCGGCUCAGAAUUCAUCUCUCUCCCAGCAUGUGCAGUUCAACUUUUUGGUUUUGUCUUCUGUGGGGCUACUGAGUGUUUUCUCAUCACCUCCAUGGCCUAUGACCGUUGUCUGGCCAUCUAUCAGCCCCUGACUUAUGGGACCACUAUGACCCCAGAGUUCUGCUGUGUGCUGGUGGUUGUGGCCUGGGUGAGUGGACUCCUCUUCUCAUCCUUCCACACAGUCAACACCUUCACCCUGUCUUUCCAUGAUUCCAUAAUAGAACAUUUCUUCUGUGACAUCCCUCCACUCCUCCGAUUGUCCUGCACUGAUCCUCACAAACACGAGGCAGCUGGCUUUAUUGUCAGUGGCUGCGUCAUCAUGAGUUGCUUUGCACUUACUGUCCUGUCCUACAUCCGGAUCCUAGUCACUGUGGCCCGUAUCAAGUCCACACAGGGUCGCCAGAAGGCCUUCUCCACCUGUUCCUCCCACCUCAUCACAGUAUUACUCUUUUAUGGGACUGGCAGUUCAGCCUACAUGAGACCUGCGAAUGGCUACUCCCCACUUCAAGGGCGCCUAGCUGCCAUAUUUUACUCCAUCCUCACUCCUACCUUAAACCCCAUUAUUUAUAGUAUGAGGAAUAGAGAUAUGAAGGCAGCCCUAAGGAAGCUUUAUGGUCAUAGAACAUGAUGAAGUUCAGAAUCUUGGAAGCAAAGAGAGUAAAGGUUCCCGGUAGCAUACUCUCAUAACUCUUCUUGUGGAAUGGCCAAUAUUGUACUCUGGAAAUUGCUACUAAUAUGAAUUUGCAAUCUUCACCAAGAUCUUUCUUCUCUUUGAACCUUAUUUUCAUCUGCCAAAUGGAAAUAAGAACGCUUGUUCUCUGGUUCAUGGGAUAUAAGAAUAAAACUUAAAAAACAUAAGGAAUAUAUUUCCUAACU